AUGACGGAUAGCGACAUAGCAAGAAUUUUAGAGUUUGAUGGCAAUGAUUCUACCGUUGAAGGCCUUUCUGACGAUGACUUCGAAGGCAGUCAAGAUCUUGAACCACGCCUGGAAGAGCUGGAGGAUGAAGGUUCAAACGACGACUCGAGCGAUGAUGACGUACCAUUGGCUGCUGUUGCUGCUCAUCAGACUUCAAGUCGUCGACUAUAUUUCAAGCAUGAAAAUGAUUUCACUCCAUAUCCACCAGGCAUGUACUGUCAACCUUUAGCUGCAAGUCGCGUUAAUUUGUUACAAGAACCAAUUGAAUAUUUUUUGAGAUAUAUUCCUGAAGUAAUGUUUGAAAUAAUAAGUAAUUAUUCAAACCAGACAUACUUAUUGAAGAAAGGUCAAAAUCUGAACACAACUAAGGAAGAAAUUAAAUUGUUUUUUGGCAUAUCUAUAGCUAUGAGUUAUUUGGGCUUGCCAAGGAUUAGAAUGUAUUGGGCAAACAGGACAAGGGUUGCAAUGAUAGCAGACCGCAUGACUAGAGACCGUUAUUUUAAAAUUCGGACAAAUUUGAAACUUGUAAAAGAUCUUGAGGUGGAUGAAGCAUCCAAGCAAAAUAAAUUCUGGAAAGUUAACCCUUUGAUCAAAACUGUGAGAAAAGCUUGCCUAGAAACUCCCAGAUCUCAACAUAUUAGUGUAGAUGAGCAGAUGAUACCCUUUUGGGGUCAAGUAUCAAUGCGGCAGUUCAUAAGAGGAAAACCAAACCCUUGUGGUUUAAAAAACUUCGUGUGCACUACUCCAGAUGGUGUGCCUUUAGACUUCUUCAUGUAUGAGGGCAAAGGUUAUACAAUACUCACAACCAAUGAAGCUGAAGGUCUUGAUAUUGGCGGAAAAGUUGUGCUGAAGUUAUCUGAAAAUUUUGCCUGA